AUGCCUCCAACAGCAACAUUAAAACCUCGAGCUAUAGUUUUGUCUGGACCAAGCGGAUCUGGUAAAAGUACAUUGAUUGCUGAAUUAUUUAAAGAAUAUCCAACAGCAUUUGCUUUUAGUAUAUCUCAUACAACAAGAUCACCUCGUCCAGGUGAACAAGAUGGUCGAGAAUAUCAUUUUAUUCCUCGAGCUAAUAUGGAAAAAAUGAUUGCUUUAGGAGAAUUUCUUGAAACAACGGAAUUCUCAUCGAAUCUUUAUGGAACAAGUAAAAAGUCUGUUGAAGAUGUUGCUCAAACAGGUCGUAUAUGUUUACUUGAUGUUGAUAAGCAAGGUGUUAAAAAUAUUCGUAACACAGAUCUUAAUGCCUUAUUUAUUUAUAUAAGUCCACCAAGUUAUGAAAUUCUUGAACAACGUUUACGUGGUCGAAAAACAGAAAGUGAAGCUGCCAUUGAAAAACGUUUAAGAGAAGCAAAAGAAUCAAUGGAAUUUAGUAAAGAACCUGGCAUGUAUGAUCAUAUUGUAAUGAAUGAUCAACUUGAUGCCGCUUAUCAAACAUUAAAAGAAAUUCUUCGUAAAGAUAUUGAAGCUGUUCUUGAACAACAAAAAGUUAAUAAUGCUGACAAAUAA